CGCUGUUGUGUGUCAGUGUCAGUGACCGUGGACUUGUGUAUGUGUGUGUAUCCGUGUGUGUGAAUGUGUGUGUAUGUGUGUGUGUGUGUGUGUGUUUGUCUGCCAGGCUGAUCGAUACACCGGCAAUUAGUCGGAUCCAAUCAGCUCCCAUUAAUCAGUGAGUGAAUCAGAGUGCUGCUGCUGUUCUCUCCUCCGACAACAACAGCUGGGAUGCGUGAGUAGAAAGCCCGCCAGAGGCUCACACACACACACAGCACCCAGAGGUGUCUCCAAACAUGGACACGAUAGGGGUGUCAUUCCUGGACCCUUUAGAGGACUACCAGUUAAUCCACCGAAUUGGGUGCGGCACCUAUGGAGAUGUGUUCAAGGCUCGUAACAUCAAGACAUCUGAAGUGGCAGCUAUCAAGAUAGUGAAGCUGGACCCUGGUGAUGACAUCACGUCCAUCCAGCAGGAGAUCACCAUGAUGAAGGAGUGCAAGCACAAAAACAUCGUGGCCUACUUCGGCAGCUACCACAGAAACACCAAGCUGUGGAUCUGCAUGGAGUUCUGCGGUGGAGGGUCACUUCAGGAUAUUUACCAUGUGACGGGCCCAUUAAAGGAGAAACAGAUAGCGUACGUGUGCAGAGAAACCCUUCAGGGUUUGUAUCACCUGCACGAAACAGGAAAAAUGCACAGAGACAUAAAGGGAGCCAACAUCCUUCUGACGGAACGAGGAGACGUCAAACUGGCUGAUUUUGGAGUGGCAGCAGAGAUCAGUCUCUCUGUGGCCAAAAGGAAGUCUUUCAUAGGAACUCCUUACUGGAUGGCUCCAGAGGUGGCAGCAGUGGAGAAGAAGGGCGGCUACAACCACCUGUGUGAUAUCUGGGCUGUGGGCAUCACUGCCAUCGAGCUGGCUGAGCUCCAACCGCCCAUGUUUGACCUCCACCCAAUGAGAGCGCUGAUGUUGAUGUCCAAGAGCAACUUCCAGCCUCCAAGACUAAAGGAUAAAAGCAAGUGGUCUACAGGUUUCCAAAGUUUUGUGAAGAUGGCUCUCAUCAAAAACCCUCGUAAAAGGCCGUCAGCUGAGACGCUGCUGCAGCAUCCGUUUGUGACACAGCUGUUGACCCGUAACCUGGUCAUUGAGCUGCUGGACAUGGCCAACAACCCUGACCUCCACAACUCCCACACACACAGCAUGGAUGACAAUGAGCUGGAGGUUGGGGAAGCGGCUCCAGACAAGAUUCAAUCGGCAGGGAAACACCUGCCUGUGGAGAGAACCCUGUCUGAAGAACAAUUUGAUCAGGUGAAGUUUGGGCCCCCGCUGAGGAAAGUCACAGAGCCUUAUCCUGAUUUGCAGGGCUCUUAUGAUGAUGACUGGAGUCUGUCUGGAGAUGAAGACAACUCACCGAGCCUGUUGGAAUGUGUGGAGCAAGCUUUGCAGCUGAGGAGUUUAACCAUCAAGAGGGCGCCAUCUACUGACGGAGGUAGGAAAAGUGGUUUAUUCAGUUCGUCUACAGCCUCCCUGCCAGCCUUCAGGGGUUUAACUCCCAACACAGAGGAGAAAGACCUAACGCUGAGACCGAGCUGUACACUGGGCCCUGACGCCGCCAUCACUGCCGACUCCACCUCCAAUACAGCAGGUUUGGCCAGGUGCUCAGCCACACAGGACAUCAGACAGCGCUGCAGUGAUCCAUGUCUACCUGUGGGGGACGCCGUAACAGCAGAGAAGAGGAAGGUUACGACUGUUUCCUCUCCAAAAAGAGAGACACCACUAUCACCUGAAUGGAGCACAUUGAGAAAAAAGACAGAGGACGCUAGGGCUGAUUGUCAUGGAUUGCCUCCUACCCCGCAAGUCCAUAUGGGAGCCUGCUUCUCCAAAGUCUUCAAUGGCUGUCCCCUUAGAAUCCACUGUGCUGUUACCUGGAUUUUUCCCAAGACAAGAGACCAGUACCUUAUUCUGGGAGCAGAGGAGGGCAUCUACACACUCAACCUUAAUGAACUUCAUGAGGAUACACUAGAGAAGUUGAUCCCUCAGCGAUGUACAUGGCUGUAUGUAAUGAACAACGUGCUGAUGUCUGUUUCAGGGAAGUCGUCCCAGCUUUACUCCCACAGCCUGACGGCUCUGUUUGAACAGAAGGUUCAGAAAGAAAAUGUGCAAAAGAAACACAGCAGUCUGUCACUCACCACCAGCCGCUUCACUGAGAGGAUCAGUCACAGAAAGUAUGCAGUAUCUGUGAAGAUUCCUGACACUAAAGGCUGUAGGAGAUGUAGUGUAGCAAGAAACCCAUACACAGACAGUACAUUUCUGUGUGGGGCAGUUCCAUCCGGCCUGGCUCUACUAUUGUGGUAUGAGCCUCUCCAGAAGUUCAUGCAUCUAAAGCACAUACCGCUGAAACUACCGGACUCCCUGCCGAUAUUUGAGCUGCUGGUGUUAGUGACGGAUGAGUUUCCUCAGCUGUGUGUUGGGGUGAAAGACUGUUGUAAUGGAAAACCUUCAAGCAGCCAGCAACUUAAGUUUGAUAUUAUAGAGCUGAACGGCACACCUAUUUCAGUACCAGAAAGUGGAGCACUCAAGGCAGUACAGGUAACCCAGCUGGACAGAGACACUGUUCUCAUCGCAUUAGAACAAACCGUUAAGAUUGUGAACCUACAAGGGCUCCCAUCCAAAGAGCUGGCUGCAGAGAUGGACUUUGAUUUCCCCGUUGAAACUCUCGUUUGCUUACAGGAUAGUGUGCUGGCUUUCUGGAAGCAUGGCCUUAAAGGGAAGAACUUUCAUUCCAAUGAGGUAACACAAGAAAUCACAGAUGAGAGUCGAGUGUUUAAAGUUUUGGGAACAAACAGGGACAUCAUCCUUCAGAGCACACCGACGGAUGACCCCUCCGCACUGAGCAACGUCUACAUUCUGACUGGACAUGAAAGCAGCUAUUGAGAGAAAUGGCUCAGCUUGUAGUGUGUGUUGGGGGUCUUCUUCUUCAAAAUCCCACCGGAGGCAAUUUCACAUUGGUUCUAUAAUGCUGUGGUGGAAAUGAGCGAAGCUGUAGCCGACACCAGCACCAACUGUCACCAGUAACUCCCUCCAACUGUAUGCUGUGAAUAAUAAAUGCCAGUAUAGGAUUCAGUUGCCCACCACUAUAUUCAAUAGACCAUUUUCACUGCAAAGCUUUUGACUUGUCGAGUAAGGAAAAGCACAGGUGUAGAUAAUAAUACUAAUAAUAAGAGCUGGAACUGGCUCACCUAAAUGCAAUGCAGCCAUUGUUAAUGUUAUUCAUUUCAUCUGUGUGUUUCCUCCUUUGACUAGUCCAAAGCUUUGCUGUGAAAAGGCUCUAUUGAAGCAAAGCAUGAACAAGGCGGGAUUGAUAAAGGCUUAGUGAGUCUCUAAUUGUUGGGUGUGUUAGUUAAGGCUGCAAUAAUUUUUAUGUAAAAACAACUAAUGUUACCAGCCUAAAUCAGCAUGACUGCAACAGAUAAGACAGUUCCCUUAAUGCUGACUGAAAUGACCCAGAUGUACCCUCAUUGGCCAGAUUAGAUUGUGCUGUCACUAUGGAUCAUUGACUGUAGAAAGAAAACACAUUUGUGACAUGGCUCAUAUGUUUCUAAAGGGAUUUGUUGAAGCUUUCAUUUGGAUGCAGCUUAAGACAUUUUGGUCUUACCUGCUCUUUGAGUUUAAUACAUUGAUUUAAAAUCUUGAAAUAGUAAAGGUCUCAGUAUGCUUCAAGUGAGCUUGUUUGUAGGACGUGUUGUCCAACCACUUCUAAAGGCCAAACUAUUGAACCUUUUUCUGGAUGGCCAUAGUCUCUCUUUUUAAAGGCAUUCAAGGUGCAUCACUCACAGUUGAAAAGUGACAGAAGUAGUUUAAUGAUGAAUGAAAGAAGAGAGUUUGAGAGAGAAGUUCAAACCCUGCCCAUUUUCUAACCUUUGCACACCUGGACAGUCGCUGUGUCUGAGAAGUUACUAAACCUGUUGACCUCUGCUGUCCAUCAGUUUGACCAUCAGAGAGAAGGAUUCAGACACACUCAGAUGAUCUGACAAAGACUUUGUUUGAAGCACACUGAGACCUUUAGUCCCCAAACUAAAUGCAGAAAAGCAAUAGUAGAUUUGCCUUACAGGUUCUUGUUGUGUUGUUGGAGUGAGUUGAGUUAUAAUCCUUAAGAUCUCCAUCCUGGUUUGGCUACAUCUGUGGUUACUGGUGUUAACAGCAAGUGUGGUUUAAUAUCCAACUACAUGUCCCAGAAUUCUGAGGACAGCAAACAGUCAUUGAGCAACUAGUUUGUUAGAAAUACAACUGAAAAACAAAUAAUGUAUCUGAUUACAAAGCAGGAAGGACAAACUCAUGCUGUUUUAAUAGAGAAGUCAGUCAAUAAUAAUUGUAACCAAAAUCUGAUUUCAUUCUCCACAAAGUGUGAGAAUUUAACCCAACAGACAUAGUGAAAGGAGUUGGUAAAGCACUGUUAGUCAUUUUAAAUCCUACACAGGAAUGGCAGACUCCACCACUAACAAUGAAAAAGAAAUGCAAAUGAAAUAGUGUCAAAAAAUUGUGUUUGGUUUAAUUAAAAUCUUAUGGAUAAAAACUUUAACCUUAAAAUAACCGCUUUUGCUGUAAUGAUGAAAGGAAUAAUGAAUCAAAGUUCAGUUUUCUACAGUGAGAAGAGCAGCUGUAGUCCAUGUGGUUAGCAUUAGCUUUUUACUUUGAUACUGUAUGUUGCUGUAUGCUAACUGGGGUUCAAAUGUAUAAGUCAGUACAGUAUUAGAUACUCAUUUUUACUGAAAUAUGGACAGAAAACCCCAGUAUAGGCUAACGUUUCAGCUUUUUACAAAAUAGUUGAAAGAGACUGUCUACAAGAAAAUGCACUGGUUGGUGCUAUCUUAAAAGUUAGCAAGACUUUGGCUCUAAAUACUGUUAUCCAUGAAACAAAAGGUCAAUGAUAUUAAGAAUGUUACUUAGAGUGGGUAUAUUCUGUUACCUUUACAAAUGUAUAUUUAACCAAGAUGGUAUGAUUAGAGAAAAUGACAUUUAAAGGUAUUUUGAAGACUAUGAAUGUGCUAGCUUAGCAGCAUUUCCAAUAUGAACUCAGAUCUGAGAUACUGUUCAAGAUCUCCCCUGGGUGCCAUUUCCAGCAGACAACAUGCACAAUAUUCAAACACAGCUUUAUGUCCCCUCUCCAUCUCCUUUAUUAAUAAUUCAACUUACACAUAUGAACAAUGUAUAUUUGAUUACAUUAAGUGCCAUAGAAGUGCUAAUCAAUUGUAAUUAAAUUGUCUGUUUGACUAAAAUGUAAAUUCCACUACAUUAAAGUAUCUUUGUGUAAUGAUAUUUAUGUUAUUUAUGGAAAGGGAACUGUAUAAUUAAACACCCAUACCAGAGAGAUACUUGAAGAACAUAAUAUACAUAUAGCCUUUUGUUUUUAAGAGUUAUUGUUUAUACAUUUGGUGUAUAUAACUAUUCAGUAUGCUCUUACAGUGUGGAGAGGUUGUGUAAAACAAAUUUGAAAAUCCUUCGAAACAGUUUUAAAUAUAUUUCAUUGUUAAGACUACAAAGAUUCACAAAGACGGAAAAAAACGGUCAUACAGUGUGUGUUUGUGCUCACCUUGACCGGGGCGACCGAUGGUCCGUAAACAGGUUAUUGUACAUGUGUUCUCAAAUAAACAAAAAUAAACUUUAUUUUCCAUCGCAGAAGAGAAAAAUCAACAAUCUGUGAAGAUAUGGA